AUGGUCUCUGUUGUUGUCGGUGGUGCCGCUGCUUUUACUUGCGCUGCUACUUUGGGCAGAACGAGCGCGACGACCAACACCGCCUUUGCGUGUUGUUCUUCUUCUUCUUCGAAAGGAGGAGGAGGAUUUUUAGGAAAAUGUUCGUUGGGGAAGUUCCCACCAUCAGGACGUGGCCAAAGGACGACGACGUUUGGAGUUUCAGUUUCAUCAGUUUCAUCAUCAUCGAGAAGAAGAACGAGAGGAAGAAGAAAAAGAGUAACAAUAAAGAACGAAAUACGAACGACCGAUGGGAAUUCAAAAGCGGCGAGAGUGUUAGGUCUGUCCCUGGCGGAAGCAAAAGACGAACGAAAAUUGAAACGAGCGUACAGACGACACGCUUUGAGAACGCAUCCGGACACGGGCGGGAAGUCGGCGUCCGCCGAGGCGUUUCAAGAGGUGCAAAAAGCCUAUCGGACGCUACGGUUGGAAAUCGCGAGCCCGGAUAACGAGGCUCUGACCAAGGAAAUGAGCAAGGACGAGGAGUGGGAAGAACACGAUUGGAGAUGGAAGGUGAAAUACGACAAGGAGAAGGCGUUGGAUCGAAACGUAAACGCAAAGUCGCAGAGGAAAAGAGAAGAUGCGUUUAGGAGGGUGGAAGAGAUGAAACGGAUGGCAAAGAUGAAAGAAGAAUUCGAUCCCGCGGCGAUGGCAUCAAAUACCGCAAAAGCAGGAGCGGGAGGUGAAGGUAAUCUGUUUCCGUCGCGAGCGAAUAAGAAGAAAAAACGAGUGAUUAAACCGAUAAGUAAACAAUCGUCGCCGAUGGAAAACUUUCAAAGAGUACAAGAGGCGGAGAAGGAAAGAUUGAAGAUAGAAGCCGAGGCAAAGGAGAAGCGAAUAAAUUUCAAAGCGUUUGGAGGUCCAGACGCGUCGAAAUCGUCCACGAAUGCCGCGCACGACACGUUAAACGCGCAACUGGAAGGAUUGAGAAGAAAACACGUGCUGAAAACGCGGUACGACAAUCACACGAGCACUCCCUCGGAAGUGGAACGCGAAAAGGCGAAGAGCAUUCGUAAGUACCAGUUGGAGUUGGAAGAUUCCGAGGAAGAACGGUUUAUGCGUCUCGCGAGAGUCGCAAAGGAGUGGAGAGACAAGAAAGGAGGCGCAAAAUCGUGGAGAGAAACUGGAUCAAUGUCGGAAGACGACAAAAUGACACCGAGGGAACUCUUAUUAGCCGCAGUCGAGAGCGUUUCCCUUGGAGGUUCGCAGUAG